ACCGUACCGAAUUUUGUCUUUCAUCUGCGUCGUUUGUUCGCAUCUUGUUCGAGUUGUAUAUUCUUUGCGCGGGUGGGCUUCCGCUUUUUCUGCAACCGCUUUUAUAUCUCCUCUUCGCGGUGUCGGGGGGGUUGCGAAGCUGUGGUGUCUCCGUUCCAGUCACGUCUCUAUGCAUCUUGCCUCCUUUCCGCUUUCGUUGGAAUUUCCGGCUUUUCUGUUCUCCCGAUUUGCGUGUGCGCCAUUUUUCGUUUUUUUGCGCUUUACAACUCAUCUGGGACUCCGGGUCUUCACGCUUGUCAAAAACAAAUACAUGCGCUUUUCCCCCCUAUACUGAGGUCAGCGAUUUCCAUCACCCCUUCUCCGUUUGGAUAUAUUUCUUACCUUACUAUCGCGUUUUUCGUUGGCCCCAUUUGCUAUUUUUUUCAUUUUUGACUCCGUUUACCCCUCUCCUUACGGAACGAGGCGCUUGUCCCACUUUUCUCCCCGCAUUGGCGGCCUCCGACGCUUACUUAGCUUACCCGAAGGCGAGGAGACGGAGGGCUUGCGUCUUUUUUGCCUGGCCUGUUUCUCUUUUGUCAACGUGUCUCUUGCCACUUGCCGUACAUUCCUUCCCACGUAGUGAUAGCUUCACAUUCCUCGGCCUCAACAAGAACGAGAUCCCUCUUCUCUCCGUCGGGCUUUGAGAUUUUUUUGCAGGCUGUCUCUCUCCGCUUGUUCUUUCCUUGGUGCCUAGACAGGAGGAUACUCGAGACGUUGCGGAAACACGAUGGAACACAAAGUUUCAAAGUUUCAGUUUUGACGCCUACGCGUGAAUGAAAGGUCUCCUGUUGAAAGAGGCAUAACAAAUACGCCGGGCACAUAGAGGGAUAGACACGACAGGACAAGACGAGACAGAUAUCCACGCUUGUCGAGGACUCCACCAAGUCUUCAUCCGACCCAUGCUAUGGCAACGAACAAGGAAGACAAUGGGGCCACGGUGGGCGGUGAGGUGUACGUACACCAGAGGCAGUCACUUUGGCAGCCUGUUCAUUCUGGUGGCUCUUGUGUCUCUUUUCCUAUCUGUUUUACAAGGUGUUGUCAAGGGGUCACCCUUCUUUUUCUUUGAUUCGAUGGGUGGUGGAGCGCUUUUCGCUCGUCGGAUAGUGACUUUGACAGCCGGGAACCCCAUUUCCUCUCAAUACGCGUGCUGGUCUUCAUCCGGAUUUCCCUCCAUUCGUUGCCCCUUCUCUGAGACUUUUCUUCGUCCUCGUUUUCGGUCUUCUCCGUCUUGCACGUCUUCAUGGGGUUCACAUGUCACUUCUUAUGUUCCGUUCCCCGUUCCAGUCGUUUGCCUCCUGUCUACGUUCUUGCGCCGUUCAUCUUCCGCAUCGUCGUGGCAGAUGACACCAGGACAUGCGGCUCCUCCUCCUCCUGCGUAUCGCUUUCUAGCCGUUAUUUCCCCACGCUCCGUGGAACAGAACUGCUAUCGUGCUCAAUGUGCCGUUCCGCCUUCCUCAUCAUCAUCGACCGCAAGUUCGUCCGGCUCCUACUGUUCCCCCCGGGUGUCUUCGUCCGCUCUGUCGCCUUGCCCUUUCUCUUUUUGGGGUCCUACGUCUUCCUCUCUGCAGUCAGGUCCCGCAUCUCCCGAGUUUCUUUCGGAUAGCCGCUCGCCACCCUCGCAUGUCCCCUGUGAAGGCCUAGCCUCGCGAAACGCAGAAGAAAACGAGAAGGUCCGCCCCGCUCGCGUAGCUGAGAUUUCGUACUCUUCAUCGUCUCCUCCCUUCCCGUCUCUGCGUCCAGUAUGCCCUGCGAUCACGCGAACAUCAGCGCUUGCCACAGCAGUUCCUCGGUGGUGGAGCAGUCCUUCCGAGACACAGCAGAGAGAAAGUGGGGACUCCAGCAGCCAGAGCCGUGCACCGACGACUGCGUCAGUGGACGAGCACACGCAUACGUCGAACGACGCGAAUGACGAGCCCGCCACCGGAAGGAUUGCGGACUCUCUCGAGACUCCUGAACAAAACGGUGAGAGGAAGCCUCGAGAGAGAGGAGAGGCAGGAGGAACGAGGGAAGAAGCGAGCACAGGAGAGACCAUGCACGACAGAGAGGAGCGGAAGUCUUUUGACUAUGCUGGGACGGGGAAGAACGAUGCAGCGCGAGCAACUGGACGUUCACACAUGUGGGCGGGAACCGAAUCAAAUGAGAUACCCAACGCCGAGUCGAGAGCAGCAUAUCCGGUCCAUUCACCGGAGAAUACUCGGAGAGACGAACUAGAAGGCAAAGAACAAGGCGAUUCGGAAGAGCAAAGAAAACCGGAAACACACAGAGAACAUACGAAGGACCAGAUAGGCUACCCACAUCGGACAGUGCGGUCGGGAAAAGAGAAGCAAAAUGAAGGACUACGGGACGCGAUCGCCAUGCGUCACCUUCAGCGGCGCUUUAGCCCGGGACAUGCGAAUUACCGCAUUCAGAAGGAAUUGCAAGCCUUCUUGUCCAACCCCCCUCCGAACUGUCGGGUGUACGUGCACCCGUCAAAUAUACGUGUCUGGCUGAUUGAGAUGACAGGAAUGGAAGGAAGUCCCUACGCGAACGAAAUGUAUCGAUUAAAAGUCGUCAUUCCCCCCGAUUAUCCCUUCAGCCCUCCAACCUGCUUCUUCCUCCAACCGGCUCCUGUGCACGUCCAUGUCUACUCUAACGGAGAUGUCUGUCUAAAUCUUCUCGGCUCGGACUGGAGGCCUUCUCUCUCGAUUAGCGCGAUCGCGGUCGCGAUUCUGUCCAUGCUAACGAGCGCAAAACAAAAGCAACUGCCUACGGAUAAUGCCGCUCAUAUGGAUGUUCCGGCUGGCCAUCAUGGCACUCAGUUCCUGUACCACGACGACAAGGUGUAGUGGCACUAGGAGAAGGAAGACACGCCGGUUUCGUUUUGGAUAACCCCCUUCCGAGAGAGACGCUGGUAUCUCAAGGCGUUUCACAGUCUCGUUUUUGUGUGAACGAUUCCGUGCUCCACUCUCCGUCGUUGAGUGAGGAGCAGUGCAGGGUGGGGGGACCAUAUGGAGAAAGUGUGGGACUGACACAAACGGAAAGGGGAAGCUUGAUUAGUUUCUCACGUAGCAAACCUUUCUGCCCGGGCUUGGAGCCGCUGUUGUGAUUAUUGCAGGCCGUGUCAAUGCACGAGAUGCCGCUGUAGUUGCGCGCUGUGGAGGGCAUUCAAGAAAGUGCGGUAUGGCUUGACUUGCCGGGUCUCCGCAUUUCUUCGAACUUAGAUCAGUUCACCAGUCUCGUCAACAGUGGACUGCUGCCCAUUUCAACAUGCCAGCCUCACGCUGCCACCACCUCGCCAGAAUCGGGGAGUGCUUCAUAGAAACGAGCGGAACGUCAAGACCACUCCUAGUUGACUAUCUACAUUACCGAACGACGAGGGUCCUACUGCCUCACCACUCACCACGAGUUAAAGCGUACCACUAUGGCAGUGUUCACGUAGAACUGUCCGGGACUGCUUUUUCGGCUGGCGGCGGGAGCGCUUGCGGCAGGCUGCGCUGACCUUGCACAGCGUGGCCGUAGGUUAAUUUAGGGUGAUGCUGGGAGUCACCGGUGAAGCUUCAGCUACCCUUCGCGAACCAGCUUCGAGACACACCCACCGCGGAAACAGGGCACAGGAGCGCAACCUAAGAGUUGCCCGUAAAAGCGCGUCCUGACCGCGGAAUGGUACAGGCGGGGCCACUUUCACAGUUUCAACAUCUUCCACUGAGACCCAAAUGCUUGAGCAACCCUGCAGGAUGGAGUCUGCGGUUGAGGUUGCCUUCCAUCUCGUAUGCUUAUACGGCAGUCCAAGCCUUUGUGAAAUUUCCUCAGUUGGUUAGAGUCGGGUAUGAUAUUCGUCACCCACCGAUCUGACAUCGUUUUGCCUCUGCCAUGCUACGGGCGGGUGUGUAAACCUCAUUUGCGUGCGCCCUAAUUAAUGGAUAGUACAUUCGGAAACUGGAAGAUCCACUAUUGACGACGUGCGCCAAGCAUCUUUCCUGCAGAGAACGUGAAGGGCUACGUCGCUUCAACAACGCCACUAUGUAGCUGUAUGAAAACAGUUCGCGUUGCAAGGAGGUUCGCUAUAUGUGUGACUCCUUUCAGGGCCGAUAGCGCGUUGGAGGGUUUUGAGCCGUGGAGCUGGUGUAUUCAAACUUUGAGUAACAUGAGUGCUGAUCAGUGACAGCCGUAACACGGCUCGCGUCUCCGUGAAGCACGCUAUUCCGAAGCACAGAACGCGAGCCACGAAAUGCAAGAUGACGUCCUUGUGGAUUAGUAAAACACCGGCGCUUUUCAUCGUCACAUGCACUCCCCGCCUGGACUGUCCACGAGGCUGACCGCCCCAUU